CUUCUUUCGAAUCUUUUGACAAGCUCAGCCCCUUGUGGGAUCAUCAAGUUCAAGAUGCGCAAGCAGCUCGACCCACGUAUACCAAUCCUUAUCAACAACAAUGUAAACGAAAAUCAUCGCUCAUUUAUUGUCUUGGUCGGGGACAAGGGACGUGACCAGAUUGUGAACUUGCAUUUCUUGCUGUCUCAAGCAAGGGUAUCCGCCCGUCCCUCUGUGCUGUGGUGCUACAAAAAAGAACUGGGGUUCACAACCCAUCGAAAAAAACGGGAAGCCAAGAUAAAACGCGAUGUCAAACGCGGCAUUCGCGAGCCUAACGAGCAAAGCCCUUUUGAGAUCUUCGUCACUGUCACCGAUAUCCGCUACACAUACUAUAAGGAGUCUCAUAAGAUUUUGGGCAACACCUUUGGCAUGUGUGUACUACAAGAUUUCGAAGCUGUUACGCCCAAUCUCCUAGCACGCACCAUAGAGACCGUGGAGGGUGGUGGUCUUGUUGUUUUACUUCUCAAAACCAUGACAUCUUUGCGGCAGUUAUACACCCUGACUAUGGACGUUCAUGCACGCUAUCGAACUUCAUCGCACGACGCGGUAGUCGCACGGUUUAAUGAGCGCUUUAUACUUUCCCUCGGCGCAUGCUCCGAUUGCCUCGUUCUCGACGAUGAACUCAACGUCCUCCCGAUAUCCAAAGCCAAAGACAUAACGCCUAUAGAAGAUGCACUCCCACCGGAUCCAGGCACAGCAGAAUUAAAGGAGCUACAAGAUAGCCUAGCGGAAACACCUCACGUAGGCGAACUGGUGAAACUCACACGGACGCGUGACCAGGCACAGGCGCUACUGACGUUCGUCGAAGCGAUCGCAGAAAAGACUUUGUCGAGCACGGUCGUCCUAACGGCCGCUCGUGGACGAGGAAAGUCUGCAGCGCUUGGCCUUGCGAUUGCCGCUGCAAUGGGGCACGGGUACGCCAAUAUAUUCGUAACGAGCCCUAGUCCAGAAAAUUUGAAGACGUUGUUUGACUUCGUAUUCUUGGGCCUUGAUGCCCUGGGAUAUGAAGAACAUCUUGAUUACGACAUCGCCCAGAGCACAAAUCCCGACUUCAACAAGGCCAUCGUACGCGUGAACGUGUUCCGGCAACAUCGACAAACAAUACAAUACAUUCAACCCGAAGAUGCACAUGUCCUCGGUCAGGCCGAACUUGUCAUAAUCGACGAGGCCGCUGCGAUCCCUCUUCCACUAGUAAGAAAUUUAAUGGGGCCGUACCUCGUUUUCAUGGCGUCCACCAUUAAUGGCUACGAGGGUACCGGGCGCUCUCUGUCUUUGAAACUUAUUCAGCAGCUGCGCGAGAGCACACGCCCGUCAGUUACUAAGGAAACUGUUGUUGGAGACGAUGGUUCUACGUCAACGAAAUCCAAGAAGCCUAUUCACGCCAGCGCCCCUCGCGCGAGAACUCUGCAUGAAAUCAAACUAGAAACACCCAUCAGAUACGCUGCGGGAGACAAGAUUGAACGAUGGCUGCAUUCACUGUUGUGUCUCGAUGCAACGUUGCCAACCAAGGCCUCCUCAGCCCUGCAGGGUUGUCCCCAUCCUUCUACGUGUGAACUCUACUAUGUUUCGCGAGAUACGUUGUUCAGCUUCCACCCAGCUUCGGAACUCUUUUUGCAGCGUAUGAUGGCCCUUUACGUGGCGUCGCACUAUAAAAAUCAACCAAAUGAUCUCCAAUUAUUGUCUGAUGCACCGGCUCAUCAUCUGUUCGUCCUCCUACCGCCGCUCAAAGAUGACGAGAGCCAUCUGCCGGAACCGCUCGUUGUCCUUCAGGUUGCACUGGAGGGUAACAUUAGCAAGGGGGUUAUUAUGGAGGGGCUUACCCGUGGCUUCCGUGCAGGUGGUGACAUGAUUCCGUGGUUGGUGAGCCAACAAUUCCAAGAGAGCAAGUUCGCACAGCUUUCGGGGGCUCGAAUAGUGCGCAUCGCGACGCACCCCGACUACGCAAAGAUGGGGUAUGGGUCCCGUGCGUUAAAAGCACUGAAUGAAUUUUACUCUGGCGAAUAUUUCAAUCUUGACGAAGCCGCACAAGUGGAACCCUCUUACCCUGAUGUCACUGUCGUUGACCCCACGACAAACCUUCAAACCGAUCUCCCUACAGUCCGGUCACCGAAUGCGAUGCCUCCCCUUCUUCAACGCCUGUCAGAGCGGAAGCCCGAGAGUCUGGAUUACUUGGGUGUUUCAUACGGUUUAACACCUCAGUUACUCCGCUUCUGGAAGAGGGCAGGCUAUAUUCCGCUUUACAUCAGACAAACACAGAGUGAACUCACUGGAGAGCACACGUGUGUGAUGGUUCGAGGCUUGAACAAUUCACCCGAGACUGAACUAGAGUGGCUGGGAGAAUUUGCAAACGACUUUCGACGGCGGUUCCUCUCGUUACUGUCUUAUAAAUUCAGGGAAUUUGGGAGCGUUAUGGGGCUUAGCAUUUUGGAAGCCGCGAACGCUGGUGUUAAAGGCAAUGGGCAUGCCACCCACGUACUUGCUGCGCAGGAGCUUUCUCUUCUUAUAACGCCAUAUGACCUCAAGCGUCUCGAAUCGUAUGCAAACAACAUGCUUGACUAUCAUGUCAUAUUAGAUCUCCUCCCCAUAAUCUCAGCGCUCUUCUUUGGGAAGCGACUGGGUGAUGUGAGCUUGUCAGCUGUUCAAGCAUCCAUUCUCCUUGGCAUGGGACUGCAGCGGAAAAGUGUCGAAGAACUUGAGAAAGAGCUAUCUCUACCCGUCUCACAAACUCUUGCCCUUUUCGUGAAACUCAUCCGCAAGAUCACCAAGAAGUUGCAGGACAUCCAAAGGGAAGCAGUUGGUGCCGACAUCCCACUAGUAGCAUCCAGCAAUGUGUCUCGCGUUACGUCCAAUAUUGAUGCAGAACGUACAGAAGGGACGGGCGGGGAUAUGUGGAAGCCCAUGAGCACCAAUAUCGAAGAUGAACUAGACGAAGCCGGCGACGAAGCGACACGUAUCCUGCGAGAGCGGCAGCGUGCCAUGUUCGAGGCCCUCGAUCUAUCCCAGUAUGCGAUCGAUGAUAGUGCAAAGGACUGGAGUGCGGCAGAAGCACAAGCAACGAGACUGGCAACGGGGACGAAAGGAUCGACAGUUGUGAGCGUUCGGAGCACCGCCUCGGGAGGUAAAAAGCGCAAGACAGAACUUAUUGAGGGAAAUGGGGAGAAAUCUCGAAAGGGGAAGAAGACGAAGCGGUCAUAGAGGGGUUCCUCGAACAUUUCUGAUGAACUCGUGGGGAGGCGGAAGAAUAUUGUUGAGAGUACCCGGUCCUGACCGGUUGUCACUCGGGACA